AUGGCUAAAUGCUAGAAAUCCAAAGGUAUGUUAGAAGUCUUAGAAAAUUCUGAUGAAUCAUCUGUAUUAAAUAAUCCAGAUAUUGAUAAUCGUUAUUUGGAUAGGAAUGGUAUUAUCCGUCAAUGUUCAUCCUGA